AUGCAUGGCAGGCGAUCGCGACAGGGCAUGAGGCAAAAAGCCUAUGCUCGAUCCUUGCAGUUGCAUGUCUCCACAAAGCCAGCCCUAUACAAGUCAAUGGCGAAAGUCUCGUGGAGCCUCGCGCGCGGAACAACAGGCUCCUCAAUGAAGGGCGCUGGUUUCGAUAGCAUUUCCCUGCGUGCGCUGGGCAAUAUUGAUAAAACCCUAACCCUAAGUCUCCCUCCCUGCGUCUUUGUCUUGCCUCCCUUGAUGCUCUCCUCGGCCACAACCAUCUCUAUUCCCCCUGCGACGGAGACAAUCGGCGAGGUGUGGCCGAUCACGACCCAAGGCACCAAUACCGUUUAUACGACGGUGACCACCACGGUCAUCAUCACCAUUCCCGAAAUCACAACAUCCAUCAUCUCAUUCUCGAAUGUCGAGUGGGACGGAAAUGAUCCGUCCGUCUGGUUUUGGUCCAGCGUUCGACCGCCCCCCAUCUACUUGACCACUACCCUUGGUGGGGAGGCACUUACAUGGACAUACGACUUUGGCCCGUUCCCACCGGCAACUGACUCAACUGAGCCUCCGUCAACCUGGACUCCCGGGUCAACUUUGGUGCGCACCUCAAUCAAGCCGAGCAGCGGCACCGCAAAGCCAACCUGCACAUCCCCAAGCAAAUGUGGUGAGCCGUGUGACGACUGCCCGCCAGCCGGUCGUCGCGGGCCUAAGCCGCUAAAACUGCCCUGCAUCGGGUUUGGAUGCUGGGACAUCGGUCCUCCAGGAAGCGGCAGUGGCAGCGGUGGUGGUAGCGGCCCCGGUAACUGUAUUGGGCUUGGGUGCAUAAACAUAGGUCCUCCAGGAGGAGGAGGAGGUAGUCCAGGAGGAGGCGGAGAUAGUCUAAGUAGCUGUGCGACGCCGACAACCGUCUCUGACUGUGUCGUGCAGUGCGUCACGUCCCGGCCCUGCACGACCGAUUGUUUCGGAAUCAUCGGCUGCGAUAUCACGCGUACAACAACUACCACGAACAAAGCAAACGGCACCCCGGCACCUGGCGUAGAGUUCGACGAUGACGAGGACUGGGGCCCGGAUGACAUGAACUUUGCCAGCAUGUCGGCUCUUCUGCCAGAACUUCAAUCCAUGAUCUAUGACCAAUUCUCCUCGGAUCGCUCUACCGGCCUGCCCGAUUUGCCUACGCUCCCGCCGACGCAGGUCCCGAGCCCGACCGGUGGGGUCUGCGUUUCGAGCACGACGUGGGUUGAAGUUGGUGGGCCCAGAGGUGAAGCCACCCUCACCCAUACCGAAUGUGCAUCUUGGACUAUGCCCGACCCAGAGCCAACGGACAAGCCCACAGAGCCCGAUCGUAACCAUGGCUGGGUCGUGAUUUCCUACUCGGAGGUGACGCUUACACAGCCCAUCGGAGGCCCGUCAUGGGUUCGUUCGUACAAUGCCCAUGCAACGACCAUCGAUGGCCAUAUUGACAUUUGCGAAGACGACUCUAUAUUUAAAAAGACGGGCUCCGAUGUAAUCGCUGAUGCAAAGUCUCCAGCGCAGUUGGGUCCUUUCAAAGCUCAAGGCUACGAUUGCGAGUACACGGGGACCGAAGGCGGCGUAGGCACCCUCAAGUGUAAUGGUCUGCCAGAUGGCAAAUGUGAAAGACUGGAGCAGGAUGUGGUUUGUAGCCAGUCGGCGACAGCGAAGAGUUUCAUUAGUUGUCGUUUCUAA